AUGAGGACGGUAUCAGCGAUAGCUUCACCUCUGAGGAGGAAUGCACCGGUUGCGGCUCGACAGGCGUCGCGAAGAUGCUUCUCUAGCACACGCAAUGUCCAGGCGAACUGGGGCUUCAUUGGUCUUGGACGUAUGGGCUUUGCCAUGGCUAAGAACCUGCGAGCGAAGAUCCCCGCCGAAGAUACCUUGUUUGUCCAAGAUGUCAACACCGCAGCGUCGAAGAAGUUUCUCGAAGAGAACCCUACUGGCGUUCGCAUAGCGGACAACGUGCGAGAGGUUGCUGAGAAAGCAGAAACCAUCAUAACAUGUUUGCCUGAACCGCAACAUGUCUCAAGUGUCUACAAACAGAUGCUUGAGCCGGCGACCCUGCUGACGGAGGGUACCACCAACCAGCCACGACUGUUCAUCGAUACCUCUACUAUCGAUCCGACGACCUCUGGCCAAGUUGCUGAUGCUGCGCACUCCUCUGGUCAGGGCGUGUUCAUUGACGCUCCCAUGUCUGGCGGUGUUGUCGGUGCUCAAGCAGGCACCCUGACCUUCAUGAUUGGUGCUGCUCCGGAUGCUGUUGAGCGUGCCACCGCUGUUCUCUCCUUGAUCGGUCGUCGAGUUCUCCAUUUGGGCGAACAAGGCGCUGGUCUCAAGGGCAAGCUUGCAAACAACUACCUCCUGGCCUUGAACAACGUCGCUACCGCUGAAGCUAUGAACAUGGGUAUUCAGUGGGGUCUGGACCCGAAGGCGUUGGCAGGUAUGAUCAAUAUCAGCACCGGUAAGUGCUGGCCUAGUGAGGUCAACAAUCCUGUUCCAGGUGUCAUCGAGGGCUCGCCGGCUAGCAGAGGCUACGAGGGCGGGUUUGGGGUUGCGCUGGCCAACAAGGAUCUUAAGCUGGCUUUGAAAGCGGCGAAAGAUGCAAACAUCAAGCUGGCACUUGGGGACACCGCGAAGGCACUGUACGACGAGGUCGAGAAGGUGGAGAAUUGCAAGGGAAAGGACUUCUCGGUCGUGUAUAGGUAUCUGGGUGGAAAAGAGUAG